CUUGGCCCAAUGUUGACUUGUGGAACAAAGGCCGGUUUGAACCUGUGUUAUGGCAAGGAAGUUUUAUUGAGAACAAAGCAUAUUUUUAUUAUAAGUAAUCAUUAAUUAGAGCAAAUAUAUAAUAAACAUCCCUCUCAUCAUCUCCCCCCCUUUUAUUCAAUAUUCGCGACAAAAAUGGGCUUUAGUCAAACGAAUCAUUGAAUUCGUUGGUGCAUAUUCUCAUGAACAGGAGGAGGAGGUGGUGGCUGGAACAGUGCAUCAGGAAGAGAAAUGUAAUCCUCAUUAUCAUCAUAAAAGGAACAUUAAAUUCGACAAUGGCAACAUGGGCACCUGUGUCAUUCUCAUUAUUUUGGCGAAGCAAUGGAUAUAUUUCUUGUCAUGUAGAAUUUGUUGGGGCCAUAACAGUUGAGAUAAGUUGAUUAAGCAGUGCACCAAUGCAGGGAAUACUACAACAACCACAUAAUGUAAGAACUGCGGGAGACAUGGCGACAGUGACAGCAGAGAAAAUAGAAGAGACUUAUAUUUCCCAAAAGUCCCUUCCACCACUCAGACAACGCAGAGGUGGUAACCCUCGAGUGCUUCAUCUUUCGGUUCAGGGAACGAAUGGCGCGGGGAAUUCCUAUUGCAAUAUUAUGAGUAUGACCAUUAUCCCAGGAAGAGCGUUGGCUUCUGGGUAGAAAGACAAGAGAGCCAAAUUUUGAGGAUUCAAACGGAAAACUGUUUAUUAAUACAUACCACAUUACAAAAAUUAAAACAUACUCUAUAUUAUAAAUACAUUUUUUCCCCCCAUGACUGACAGGUGAGGCUCUGCCUUCCAUGAAUGCACGUCACUGGUUUGCACUUCCCCCUGGAUGACACAAGAUAUAAAUAAUGAGCCCGUGUUCCUGAUUUGACUUUAUUUCCAGUCGCACAUGACGUCUUCAUUUGGUCAGAUGGCGAAAAUGCAUGGGCGUCUGCUGGCGUUGCUGUUGGUCAUCACGGUGACAGCGACCACCGCGACCAUCAGUCAGAACCAAUUGGCCACACUGAUGAACGGAAUUCUCCGCAAGUUGAACGGUCAAACAUUCAAAAGGCUGCCAAUGUUCAGUCUGGCUGUGAGCAUCCCGCGUAACGAACAGGGCACGUACGAUCUCAAUCAAGUGCACUUGGACGAAAGCGUGAGGGACGCCAUCCUGCACUGCAACGUUUACUCGAACCGAAACGCAGUGGCCGCCACCGUUCUGAAGUGGCCCAAUGUGCUUCAAAACUGUCCCAAUGCAUUGGUCAUGUGGGAAGAUGUUCUGCAAAAGUGCAAGGAAGAAUCCAUGACGUGGCAAGAUGUGGACAGAAAAUGCCGUUGGGCCAUGAAAAACCACCGAGCAGAUCAUGCUGAGUACCGGGUUCUGAAGGAGUUUCAACACUGGUCUGAAGAUAAGGACAAGUCGGGUUUGUUACUGCUCUACGUAUAUGCGUCAUCAUGCACAGACCAAUGCACUGGCGAAGGCGAUGAGCGGAGCAUCCUAAACUUGGUGGAGGGCAUCCGGCAAUGGACAGAGUACGCUGUCGUCUUCUCUAAAGUUUUUGAACCCAAGGAAUCCAGAUUGGCCGGAUGUAACCCUCUCUCCGUUGGCGAAAGGGAGGCUGCCCUCAUCCGUCUGGGGAAUCAUCUGGGUCAAAAUGGCCUCCAAAAGAUCUUCCGUUGUGACAGAGUCAAAACCAACAAGGGUAACACCAUAAUGGUGUGUGACAGCUGUUCCACUGAGGGGGAUGUCACACCUCGUUGUUAUAGGAACCCAAACCAACGCAGGAACAUCGCCAAAACUCAGGGCCAGGGCCUUCCCAGGCAGGCUGGCCAACUUGGGGUGGCGCUUCUAACAAGUUGGGCUGCAAACCCAGCAGGCGGGGUGGGGCGUCUCCUGGCCGAGUCCGUUCCAGUCGUAGGCGGGGGGCGUCUCGAGGGCGAGUUCACUCAAGUUGUAAGCGGGGACGGGGUUGAUGACAAGCAACGACAUGAGUGAGCAAUUUGUGUCAACUCUCCGAAGCUCCUGCUUGCUAAAUGCUAAGCUAACUUUGUAUCAAACAGCAUUAAAGUUUUCAGAAAUCCUAGUGCUUUCCUGUUUUUUUAAAAAAAAAUUUUUACAAUAAAUAUUUUCACAAAGUUUAAUUAGUUUAAGUCAU